AUGGAGGCAAGCAGUACCUUGUUGCGUUCAUCUCCGAACUUACAACAACAAUCACCGGCAGAUUGCAGCGUGCGCAACAUAGCAUUGAAGAGGCAUGUGGCUGUUGCCGUUCAAUCUCAAGCUGAUCAGCCUAACCACUCCGGGGCAUACAAUCCUGAUGUUCAUCGUUGCGAACUCUCUCUAUCAUCAACACCUACUAGUAUUUCAUACCAUGAACACGCCGCAUUCUUGUCUGAAAGCUGGUCAGAGAUUCACAUAAGACAGCUUCUGCAUUUUGAUUUGAGCUCACAAGAUAAGGUCAAAGAUGAGUCUACCCAUCCUGUUAGAAAGUACUGGAGCUUGGAGGACCUGAAGCUCCUGCUACAGGGGCGGGAUAAGUUUCGUCAACAAGCGACGGAGCCCCAAGUCGUUUCAGAGUGGUCAUUCUCGGGUAGCAAAUGCAACAGUCGCAAAGCAAGCUCUGUCUAUAGAGUGGAGGACGCUGAUGAAGAUCAUUCAAAACAACUGAAACAAACGGUGUCAUUGGAAGAUAUGGGAAAUAGUUUCGUUGAGGAUAGCGCAAGCCUAAAUACGAAAUUCAUCUUUCCAGACGCUCCUGACAAGGGUCCCAAGGACGAGCCAGAUUUUAAGCACACAUCUGAUACACCUCUAGCGAGACCCAGGAAGACGACACUGGCUAAUAGGAGCAAUGCUGGCUCGAAGGAGGACUUUGACUCGGGCUCCGAUACAGUGAAAUGCCCUGAGCAUCCUACCAAAUCCCAAGAUGAGCGCUUCUUCUCCUCGGUAUUUCAAGCCGGAUCGUUUGAACAAGAGGUAAACCUCCAGCCCGCUUCAGGAGCAGGAAGGGACGAAUUCGAUGACGACAUGGUCAUAUUCUCUGCUGAGGAAGCUCAACUCCAGGAUGAUAUUAUGAUUGCUUUGCCACACAGGCGCUCGAUGCGGCAACACAUGACGCGAUCAUGCAUCUAG